UGGGCAUUAAUCGAUAUUGCAGAUGCUACAUCGAUAGUUUAAACAUUAUUAUUAAUCGUUCGAGAACGGUUACCGAUUUAAAUGAUUAUGUUAGCAGUAGCGGUUCUUUUCCCGCGUUUUGAAGUCUGAGAGAUAACUUAAUGUUUGUGACAUCUCUUACUUAGUUAAUUCUGUGAAAUUCGUGUUGCUUUCAGUAAUUUUGGUUUAUGAUAUUGUUUUUAAUUAAUAAAUGCUACUGAAAUGAAUGAUAUACCUGAACAUGUUAUUCAUGACCGAAAAAAUGUUGAGGUGUUUUAUAUACCAGAUACUUUAAUUGAUAAUAUAAUUAGUCAUGUUGGAGAUAAGGCAGAUGGGCCUAUUCGAGGAAGAAGAUGCAGAAGGCCAAAUGGUACGAUGGAAAACGAAUGUACUAGCAAUUCACCAUCAUCCACUGUCAAAUUUACUAGAUCUGGCCGUAAGAUAACCAGCAGGUUUCGAAGACUAUCAUUGAAUGAUGACAGUUGUAACAAUACUGACUGUAAAAGCGAUUUGAAUGGUGAUGUUGAUGUCGAAUUAUCUAAGCCUGAUGUUGUUCCAGGGAAGUUAUUUGAAUCUAAUGAUGUUGAUGGAAAAGAUAUCUUUUCAUUUAGAACACCGAACCGCCAAAACAGAUUGACUAAUAAAACUGGAGAGGUUCAGCCCAAAAGUAGUGAAACUCCUAAGGGUAAAAUGUCAAAGACAAUCUGGACUCCGAAUGCUUCUGAAGUAGUGAAAACCAAUACCUCCAAAACACCCUAUAGUUUGAGAAAUCAGCUUAGAAAGCGGCUUGUUGAUGAAGCAGCAAAACAGGAAUUGGAUAGGUUACUAGAGGAUAGCGGUAGUGACUUUGUUCCAUCUAGCAGUUCUGAUAGUGAAUCAGAAUCUGAUUCAGAUUCUUCAGGCACUUUUAAACAGGAGGAAGAAGACACUAAAUACCCAACACCACCUAAAAAAUCAAGACAGCAAAUAAAAGAUUAUGUAUUUACCUCUGAAGACUAUUUUGACCGCCAAUAUUCAAAAACUAUGACCUCUAGUCACACUCUUAAACAAUUAAAAACUCCUAGGUUAGCACAUAGCCAGCUGACAUCCUUGCUGAAAAUGGUACCAUCUACUCAUGAAAAAUCUCUAGGUUUUCUAAAUGGAGGAAUAAAGAAUUCUUUCAGGCAUUGGUUAUUUUGUUUUAGUGAAGGUUAUAAUGUAUUGCUUUAUGGGCUUGGUUCUAAAAGGAGAAUUCUAUAUUCAUUCCAUUAUAAAUACCUCCAAAACAGCAAUGUUCUUUGUAUCAACGGCUAUUUCCCUGACAAUUCUAUUAAACAGGUUUUAGAUACUAUUGCUUCUGAUGUCUUAAAAAUUCAAAAUGUUCCUACUCAAUUUCAUGAGAUUGUGGAGGCAAUUAGUGACAAACUAAAAAGUAAAUAUGCGAAGAGGCUUUUUAUUUUAAUAUCAAAUUUAGAUGGCAAGCCUUUUCAAAAUGAUAAGGCUCAAGCAGCUUUUGCCGAGCUAUCUAGAAUUGAAAAAAUACAUAUGGUUGCCACAAUUGACCAUAUAAACAGUGCCUUAUUGUGGGAUCAAAAUAAAUUGAGUGCUUUCAACUUUAUAUGGGAAGAUUGCACAAAUUAUGGCCCAUAUUUAGAUGAAACAAGCUAUGAAGGGUCAUUGAUGGUAAAUUGGUCUGGUGGAUUAGCUUUGUCAUCCUUGAAGAAUGUAUUUAGUUCCCUUACUGUAAAUUCUCGCAAAGUAUUCAAGAUUUUGUUGAACCACCAGUUGGAACAUAAAAGUGGAAAAUAUUCAGGCAUGCACUUCUCUGAACUAUACAGGCAGUGUCGAGAAGGUUUUAUUGUCAGUUCUGAUCUUGCUCUUCGAACCCUAUUAACUGAAUUUACAGACCACGAGCUAGUCAAAUGGAAAAAAGAUACUGAUCAUCUUAUAAUAACUGUUGAUCAAAAUAUACUAAAUCAAUUUAAACAUGAACUUAUUUGAACUUGUAAAAUGGGCUUUGCAGAGAGCUAAGGCUGUCUUUCUUGUUAAAACUUUUGUCAUGAGUGUAUAAAUGUUAAGUAAGUUGUUAAAAAUAUUUGUUUCAAUAAGUAUUAUCUAAUUUUUACUUUAAUACUAGUUGUAUCCAAUGUUUUAGUUUACCAGGUUUGUAAGAAACAAUUUUCGUUUUAAUAAUUUUCCUUCUUUUUUAUUUGUAUAUGAAAAUUGUGUAAUUUGAGUAGUUUUUAAAUUGUUUGUCAAAAAAUUCAGUUGUGUAAAACUGAAUUGGUUGAUUUAAACAAAAAAGAAAAGUAUUUUCUUUUAGUUAUAAAUGUAUUUUUGAACUAGGUACAAAAGUAUUCCCUGGCUGUGUAUUUUUUUUUCUUAAGUAUUGUAUUAUAUAUUUUAUGAUCUUAUGUAAUUACUUUGUAACUGAAAUCUACCGAACUGUAAAUAUUAUAUUUUUGUAUUUUUCAAACUGUAAAAUUUCUGUAAGUAUGAUUUGAGUUUGUGGUUAUUGAAUUAAAUUUUUUGUUAUAAUUAAAACAUUAAUUCUGAGCUUUUAUCAACCUCCAUAGACUAAAGUUCAUGGUGUAGUGGUUGCUGGUUAAAAAAACAAAAUGAUUAAAUCAUAGUAAGAUGAUUCUGAGAUAAGAUAAUUUAUCAUUGGAAUUAAAGGCCUCAUGUAAUCCAAAAAGAACAAGAUACGUAAGAAGCAAAGGCUUAUCGUGGCUAUUGUUAAUAAACCUGAUAAACAGUGAGUUAACCUGUUGAGAAAAUGUAAACUAUUAAAUAAAAUUGUUAGCCUCAUUCUUCUUUUUAGUACUGAUUCUUCCUGACCAUACAAACUUAUUUUUAAGAUGGUCAGUUUUCA